AUGAUAUAUCACCAAUUUUUAUUUGGGCCAACCCCUUCAAAUUCAAUAGGUUACUGCCUGUCUACAGAUAAAUGCCAGCCACCGGAGGACAAGUCAGAUCAGACAACUACUGAAUCAGAUACAAUGCAGGAAGACGACGUGACACAAGCUACGCCUAAGCAGGGUGCAGUGUCUAAUGUGAAUGGAGCAUCUCAUAUGAUGAUGAAUAAGCUCACUGGAAGUAAAGAGAAGAAGGCAUACCCACAGGAACACUGAAGAGGGUCAAUCUAGCAAAUAAAGACAAAGGAAUUAUCGUGCGCGCAAUCAAGCAAGUGGGAUACAGCUUUGACAGUCAAAGAAGCCGUGCGAGCUGCGCAUGAAUCAUUCGGUGUGCGUGUGACAAACCACGCGUUCGAGAAACGUUUGAUUGAGUGGGUUAAUAAGGUUAGAGGAGCUGGUUCUAGUGUAAGUCAGGGCUUGAUCGUCACAAAGGGAAAGGACUAUUUAGGUGAGAACGCAACGUGAAUAUAGGAGCAUAUUUGAGUUGUAUUGCGCUUGGAAUAGCUCCUGAUCUGUUUAUAGGUCAGACCCCGAACCUGACAAUAAGAACCUGACCCAGGCUUGUCCACCUCUUUAUAUGACCAAAUUUGACCAAAAACGGACAUUGGUCAUAUAACGAGGUUUGACUGUGCAGUAUUUAAAUAUUUUCGUUUGUUUCUAAAAAAACAUAUUCAUUGACUGUCAUAAUGUUAAUAUUAAAAAAAAACUCGUUGUCGA